AAUUGAAAAACAAGGAGUGUACUCGUAAAUAUGCGACCGUGUGUGAAAAGGAGACAAACGAAUGUGCCAGCAUCGAGUCAUCUUCGGUAACUGUUUAUAAUGGAACGUACUGCGACGAAUGUGCCAGCAUCGAGUCAUCUUCGGUAACUGUUUAUAAUGGAACGUACUGCGCAAAAGUGGCAGAUUUGUCACCAAAUGUCACCGAGAUCAAUUCUACCGUGGGGAUGUGUACAGUGACCAAUGGAUCAACCUCUGUAUUAUCAUCCAGUAUCGGUACUACGAACGCAGCUGCAACAGCUCCAGCUGCGGCGGAGUCAACUACUGAAUCCGAUGUAAAAACUUCAGAAUCCGAUGUAACAACUUCAGAAUCCGAUGUAACAACUGUGGAAACAGAAUCUGCUUCAACAUCAGAAAAAAUCACAUCAGCAUCAUCUCCCACUACUCCGAAAGCAACUGCAAAUACUUCAGCCGCGUCUGCAUCAAUUGCAACUCCUAAAUCCGAUGUAACAACUUCAGAAUCCGAUGUAACAACUGUCAAGUCAGAAUCUGCUCAAACACCAGACGCAACUACAUCAUCUAAUGGAAAAACAACUCCAGUGAUGCAAUUGCCAGAAAACUUGUGCCCAAACUGCACAACAACCAACACCACGUGUGUCUGGCUUUCAUCUGCUGGGCCUUCAGUGGAUGAAAUGAAAGAGCUAAUAAAGAAACUUACAUUGGAAAAGAAGACACUCUCGUCCUACAAACGUGAAAAGACAUCGGCUAGUGACGACCGGCCAACUGCCCAGGCAAUCGGAAAGGUUGGAAUCGUCUUCUUUGUCCUUGCGUUUGCCGGAGUGGUGCUUCUUGACUGUGGAAGAGUCGUUGACUGUCUUCGGAAGCGAAACCGAAAACGCGUGAUCUUUAGCAAAGCCUGAUGCAGUGAUCGUUAAAACAGUCACAUUGUUUUGCAGCCAUUUUAAGGGUUGAUCUUUAAGACUCCUCUUGUUUACAAAUCUCAGAGGAACAUUGUACUUUAUACAAUCACUUAUUGUGCUUGUUGGCCACCGGUUUGGACAAGAUACGCUCACCUUCGUCACUAUAUCAUCACUAUAAACAUAUGUUUAUAUACUAGUAUAUUGUCAGAAUCGAACGAUAGACCCUGUUAUCAGAAGAUAUUUCUUAUGAUUAUAGAAAGGUUUUUGCCGCAUAGUGUGUGUCAUACAUUCCUGGUUAACGACAUACGAUAACAAAUGCAGUGCGAAUUCAGGUCUUUGAAAUAGCAAUGUACACCGUUUAUCAACACGAUUGGUGCGUUAUUGCGGCUAUAUCCUGCUAAUCAUUCUUUUAUCAGGAGUUGACUGAAUAUAUUCUUUCGUAGGUAUAAAGGUUUUCGAAGUAUGCAUUUUUGUAUAUAUAUUUCUUUGUUGUAGAUAUUUCAUCGAAAAAGUAUAUCUUCACUUUGGAUUUGCCCUUUCUCUAUUUUCGAAUUUAGCCUUCGUCCGUUAAAUUGGGUAUUUCGUUAUAAUCAUUCUAUUAGGAGUUGACUUAAUAUCAACUUUAUGAUCAAUGUCAUGUUUAAUGUAAAGGUUCGGUGAGUCUCAUGUGAAUGUAUGUUUUUUAUAAGACUUGCAAAUGAUUGCUUUUCCACUGCGCUGUCAUUUUACGAAUAAGAAAACGUACAACUGUAUGGAUAGCAACUUCUGGUUUAGUGCAUAUAGCGAGGUUUUAUAAAUGUUGAAUAUCAUGUCUGUUCCUCAUGAAUUUUACUUUGGUCAUUUCAUUUUAAUUGUUAAAAUAAAACUCAUAAAAUAUU